GGUGAUUCUGUGGGCCCAAAAGAACUAGAGAUGUUCUAAACCCACGAAGCACCAAAACCCCCGCCCCCCGCCCUCCGCCGCCGCCGUGGCCCCACCCGCCAAACCCUAGCCCCCGUCGCCGGCAGCGGUGGGCAGCGGCGAUGGCCACUGCGCGCGACGUCGAGGAGGUCGUCCAGAAGCUCGCCUCCGACCGCGCCAGGCCCCGCGAUGAAGGGGUGAAGCUGCUGGGGACGUGGCUGCAGGGCGACCGCGCCCCCACCUUCUGCCGCCUCCUCGCCCGCAACACCGCCAGGGCCAAGCCCGGCCACCUCGCCUCCGGGGCCACGUGGCCGUUCCUCAUCACCGCGCUCGCCAAGUGCGUCCUCGCCGACAUCGCAGCCAAGAGGCGCGGAGCCACCAGGAGCGCCGCCGCCGGGAUGCUCCGUGCCGCCGUCCGCUGCGCAGAGGACGCCAGGCUCUCAGGGCACUCCUUACUUUUGGUUUCAGUUGCUAAGCAGCUUUUUAGUCAUAUAUUGGAGGUCAUAAAAGAUGCUCCCAGCUUUCAGCUAGAGUACAGCCCAAUUCUCCGGCAGCUUUUGACUGUGAAGGAGUACCGAUAUCAGAUGAAACCUCGAACAUACAGCAAUCUUGUAGUGCUCUAUAUGAAGAAGGUUGCGACUGGUUUUGAUGCAAACUUCAGCAAUCAAGCCAGCUCAAAGGAGGAAUCCUUCCGCUGUACGUGGACUCUCCAUGUUCUACUUGAAAACCCACCUGGCGAUUAUCCUGACACCAUGAGGGAGGAGGUUCUUAAUGGAUUCUGUGCAAUAUUCUCACAUAUUAGGAGGGAGGAUGGAAAGCUGACUAGCAAGCUUAUGGAAUGCGUUAACACCUUUUUACUCAUGGAUGGACCAAACCUUGGAGACAAAUCUGUGGAGAUCCAUAAAGCAGUUCAAGAUUUUAUAUUGCGUUCGUGGCUGAUGACUCGUGAUCUGCGGCUGAAGAGCUUGUUCAUCACAUAUGUGAAAAUUCAGUUGAAGCUUGCUAGAGCUAUUCCAAAGGUUUUGGAAAGAAAAAACCUUCUUGGUGUCAUCAUGGACGACCUAGAUCAAAAUGUUAACACUGAAGCAGGUUUAUUAUGGUGUGAGGCAUCUCGAGAUGCGAAAGACGUGUCCUUAAGAUGCUCCUUGGAAGAGUUAAUGGAUCUAUCUGCUACUAUUUUUUAUCAGGCAUAUAAAUCCCCCACACCAAUGAGGGGAGAUGAUGAGAAAAAAUUGAAGACGGAGGAUGUUAUUAGCCGCAUCACGAAUAGCCUAAAAAAAGGAUCUCUAUGUUGGAUUGGUACCACAUGUCUUCUUGUUCACAAGUAUGGAUAUCGAGUAGACAAAUCUUUGUUGAUCAGUUGGCUCCAAGCAUGUUGUCAAUCUUUGAAAAGUGCUUUGAGCAAGGCAAACGUCAUACGUUCUCAGGAUUCACUGCUUUGGAUUAUCAGGGCACUUAAGGAGUUCUCUGCGAUGUUCAUAGUGAAUACUAGGGAGGAAUCACAUUGUUUAUUAACAAAAGGCGAGAUGUCAAUUGUUGAAGGUUAUUGGCAAGAUAUCUGGAAUUCCCUCAUUCAUGCACUUCCUUUGUUUAGCCCCACAGCUCUAGUGGCCGAUUCAGCUCUAAAUCUCUUGGGUGGAAUGAUCAUGCGGGAUCAAGUCCAUACUUCAGUUGUGUCAGAAGAUACAUGGAACCUGCAAACUUUUAAACAAUCGCCAUCACCGUCUGCUCUGUACUUCAUUGCUUGUUACUUCUCAAGGAUAGGGUUGCAGGGCGAUUUAUCCAAUUCUAGCCUUGUUCGAAAGAAUCUGCUAAGAUCAACUUUGGAGUUGAUUCAGUCAGUGUCAAAGGGAUCCUCUCUUUUAAAUGAGCAAAAUGUUGUGAUGAUUCCUGAAGCCAUUUUUUCUAUCUGUGCUGGUUUUUCAUCAUCAGCCAUUAACUCAGCAAAUGCAUCCCAACUGUUUGAUGAAUGCAAGGACUUCUCCAAGUUGUUACUCGAGAGUGAGAGUUGGGUCAUCAAAGAUGAACUAGGUUACUCUGUGGAAGCCUUAUCAGAAAUCAGUACUGAAAGUUCUACCAAGGUCAUAUCUGAUAAAUGCAACCGAGCACACCUUCCUGGGCACAUCCAACAGCAAUUGCUUGAUCAGCUUAUGGAGUUCGAAGGAUUUAUGGCCUCAAAUGAACAGCUUGAGAAAGUGGACUUAUGUACUCUUGUAUACCGUUGUUCCCUCCUCUGCAAUCUAAUUCAUUGUGCACUAUUGUCAAGGGCAAUAGAAGAAAAUUCUUUAUUUCUUAAAGAAUUAUUUGGUCAUGUUACUGGCAUCAUAAAAUAUAUGAUAUCAAUGGUUAUGAAAAAGCACGAGGAACUAUCUCAUGGUCUUACUAGUGUAGGCUCUGCAUUUGAGACAGCCGGCUCCAUUUUAUCCUCAUUUCAGACCUUCCUCUCUGCUCCAAUUUUUAGACUGCGGAGUGUUAGCAACAGAGCCAGCUCUGUGCUUAUUAAAGGUGUCACUGUAUUGCUUGAUGAACUAUUGGUGGAAUUCUCUCAGUUGUUUUCUCGUCUUUCUAGCUCUGCGAAUAAUUCUGAUAGUGAGAACACUAGUAAAAUGUUGCCAAUAUCUUCUGUCAACUUGUCAGAAGAUCUAAAUCCUUUUGUUGACCACAAAAGUGUUGUUGAUAUGGAUUUUGAUAUGACGGACUCUGGUGAGGUUGACUCUAUCACAGCUAGUGUAAGUGGAAGUAUUGGUAUCUCGUCACGCCUUUUGGAGUGGAAGCUUGAACUAGUUGGUGUUAUUUCAACUUUUUUCUCAGUGUCAGCACCCCAUACAUGGGAAAUCUUGUACAACUUAGUGGAGAAAGAGAGUGAUGUCAAGGUCUCCCAUGCCAUCCUGCUUAAUCUUUGUCAAAAUAUCUCCGCUUCAUCUAAAAGUUUAUCUUCUGUGCUCACGGCUAUGAACGUGUUCUGGGUCACCGGUGUCUCCACGGGAACGAUUUCUCCUGAACAGGAGAAUGCGUUCAAGGAGGCUACCGCUGUGUUUCUCGGAGCAGUUCUUAGCGUGAUCGGAGAUAAACUGGUCGACGCAUGUUUACAUGUGCAUGUUGCCAAGGACUUGUGGGAGGCGCUCGAAUCUAAAUUCGGGGCCGCUGAUGCAGGGAGAGAGAUGUAUAUUAUAGAGCAGUUCCACGAUUACAAGAUGGUUGAAAACCGUCCUGUAUUGGAGCAGGCUCAUGAGAUAAUAUGCAUUGUUAAGAAACUUGAGCUUCUCAAGUGCAAGUUACCGGGCAAGUUUGUCGCGGGCUGCAUAAUCGCUAAGCUCCCUAAUUCCUGGAGGAACUUUGCCACCACUCUGAAACAUCAGAGGCGUGAAUUCUCUAUGGAGGAUGUCAUUGGCUAUCUGAGUGUUGAGCAGAAUUCGAGGGCAAAAGACUCGCACGGAAAAGGGGCCGAAGGGACUUCUGUUGCCAACAUGGUGAACCAGAAGAACUUCAACUCCCACAAGCCCAAGGGAAAGAACGGUGUCCAACACAAUACCGACUUUAAGAAGAAGGUGUUUCAACCCAACGAUUGGUCACAGGUCACGGGUCCGUAUUGA